AAAGAAUUUUGUGGUGCACCAACUGGCGGAUGGACUGCGAGUUAAAUCUCUGGUUUCAAGACAAUAACACAUAAACUUCUGACACUAUGGAUGAAGAGCCAGAGAGAGCCAAGCGCUGGGAAGGAGGCUAUGAAAGGACAUGGGAGGUGCUUAAGGAGGAUGAGUCUGGCUCCCUUAAAGCCACAGUGGAGGAGAUCCUGUACGAGUCCAAAAGAAAAAGGGUGACACAAAGCCAUGCACAAGUCAGACUUGGGAUGAUGCGCCACCUAUAUGUUGUUAUUGACUGUUCACGCAGUAUGGAGGACCAGGACUUAAAACCCAACCGUCUCACCUCUACCCUGAAGCUGAUGGAGGGAUUCAUCGAUGAAUAUUUUGACCAGAAUCCCAUCAGCCAGGUUGGCAUUAUCACCACCAAAAACAAAAGGGCUGAGAAGCUUACAGAACUUGCAGGAAAUCCAAAGAAGCACAUUGCUGCUCUGAAGAAAGCAGUUGACAGCUCAUGUAUCGGAGAGCCUUCUCUGUACAACUCUCUCAGCCUGGCUAUACAAACUCUCAAGCACAUGCCUGGACACACCAGCAGAGAAAUCCUUAUCAUCCUGAGCAGCCUGACCACAUGUGACCCAGCUAACAUAUAUGAGCUAAUCAAGACCCUGAAGUCUCUUAAGGUGCGAGUGUCAGUAAUUGGCCUGUCAGCGGAAGUUCGAGUGUGCACAGUUCUGACCAGAGACACGGGUGGAUCCUACAAUGUCAUCCUAGAUGAGAGUCACUUCAAAGAGCUGCUCAUGCUUCAUGUCAAACCUCCGCCAGCAAGCUUCUCAUCGGAAAGCUCUUUAAUACGAAUGGGUUUUCCUCAGCACACUGUAGCCUCUCUGAAUGAUCAAGAUGUCAAACCGUCAUUCAGCAUGUCUCAUUUGGACAGCAGUGGCAGCCCGGCUCUGACUCUAGGAGGAUACUUCUGUCCACAGUGUCAAGCAAAAUACACAGAGCUUCCUGUGGAGUGUAAAGUCUGUGGUUUGACACUGGUGUCUGCUCCACAUCUGGCCAGAUCCUUUCAUCAUCUGUUUCCCCUCCAAGCAUUUGUUGAGAGUCCAGCUGAGAAUUAUCAACAGAAUAGGUUCUGUCAGGCCUGUCAAGGGCAGCUGAAAGAUAAAAAUGUCUUCGCCUGUCCUUUGUGCCGCAGUGUGUUCUGUGGGGAGUGUGAUCUCUUCAUCCAUGAAUCACUGCACUGCUGUCCCUGCUGCAUUCACAGUCGGACUGCUACAUGAGCCCCAAACUGAGGCGGUCCUAGCCAGUUUGGCACUCUGGGCAAAGCACUCUACAAAGGGAGUGAGGUGGAUUGGGUGCACUACUGACAAUCCGAUCCUCCGGUUGAAAGCAGUGGGGGGAGGAAGGAGAGGAGAAUAUACACAAUGUGAGGGGCUGAGGGCACUCAUGUCACCCACAAGAUAACACCCUGGGUGGUUGCCCAUUUUGCCCAUAUCAGAAACUGCCACUGGGCCCAAAGAAUCAGUCUUCCUGCCCUGUAUCAACCCCUCACCUCUGAUCCCUCUGUCUGAAGAAUUGGCUCUCACAACUCACGAUUUUGUUUUUCAGGCUGCAUGAAGAUCACCCUACUAACAAUGCUUAAAAUGUUUUGUUUUGAAGAGUAAAAGGUUGUUUUUCAUUCAUCCUUCCCUUCCAUCGAAACAUUAAGGAUAAAACUGCUGUGUCUGUAAAUAAAA